CGGCAAGCCAGGCAAGCCUGUCCGGCCCUACUCGCCUGACGGAGAAAGCUGACCUAAUCGGCGUUGCCUAGGCACCUGCCGCAUGCAUGAAAAUGAGCUUUUGGGACCAGCUGGGUUUGUUGCUAUGGAAAAACUUUGCCGUGCACAGGCGUCAAAAGGUGCGUCUGCUGGUGGAGCUGGCAUGGCCCCUGCUGCUCUUCUUCAUACUGAUGUGGGUGCGCACGCGGGGCCUAAGGCUCUACAUGCACCAGUGUCACUUCGAGGCCAAGGCUAUGCCGUCUGCGGGGCUGCUGGCCUUCGUCCAGUCGACGGUGUGCACCCUGAACAACACGUGCCACCAGCAGGCUGUACCAGAUGGGAACCCCCAAGAGCUCAACGCCAGCCUGGUAGCCCAGCUGGUUCGGGACGUGCAGCACCUGGUCCGGGACCACUUGGGCAACCCAGACACGGCGGACAGCAUCCGGAGGCUGUCCGGGGACCUGGAAACUCUCUCCGCUUUUGUUCGGAAGCUUACAGACCCAGAAUUCCCCCUGGCAGGGAAGGUGGCCGUGGCAGACGUUCUGCGAGCCAAAGGCGCAGUGGAGGCUGGGUUUGCCUCCGCGGGCCUGUCCGACGUCUACCCUGCCUUCCUCGGUUCGAGCCUCGGCCUCGCAGCGGUGCAAAAGCUCUUCGAUCGGGGCAAGGAGGACGUGGGUACCUUCCUGUGCGGUCCCGACGGUCCAGUGUUGCUGGAGGCACCCGGGCAGUCUGCUGGGCUGCAGGAGCAGCUGUGCAAGCUACCUCCGGAUCAGGGCCGUGCACUGGCCACCCUGGUGUUGUCCGGCCUCGACUGGGAGCUUGCAGCAAAGCAGAUGGCGUCUGUGGCUGCGCAGAAUGGCCACCCACUCAGACCGAGCGAUUGGGCGGUGGCCCUGUCAGCAGCCCGUGCACUCACCGAGGAGGUGGGGCGCCUGGAGGGCCUGCGGCAGCUACUGGGCAGCCUGUCCGAGCGGGCGGCCCAGCUGGGGUCCCUGGUGGGGGGGCCCCCGCGGGAGGGCCGGGCCCUGGUGCGGCUGGUGCAGGGGGCCCUGUGCGGCCGGAACUCCUCGGUGCUGCUAGAGCCUGAGCGAAGCCCCGACCACCGGGUCCAGGAAUUCUCGGAGAAGGUCACCCGCAACAUGCAGCAGCGCAGGACCCAGGGGGCUAGCUACAUCUACGACAACACCACCUCACCUCGGUGCAACGAGGUGUUCCGCUCCCUGGAGGAAAACCAGCUGAGUCGCUUUGUGUGGAGGCAGCUCAAGCCCUUUGUGCGAGGGAAGAUCCUCUUCGCCCCGGACAGUCCGGCCACCCGCACGCUUGUCCGCAAGGUCAACGCCACCUUUGAGGCAACGGACCGGGUGAUGGUCAUGGCCCGGCGCUGGUCCCAGGAGCUGGCCCCGAGGCUCAGCCGGUGGCUGGGAAAUCGGUCGAGUACCCUGCACCAACUCGGGAGGCUGGCUUCCUCGGCAGGCCUGGGGGCCCUGCUGGUGGGGCAGGCAGAGCCCACCCAGGCAGCCUCGGCGCAAGAGGCCCUUUCCUGGCUGCUGGGUGACUGGGACUCCCACCUGCAACGCCUGGACGCGGCCGCACUGGCAGUCCAGCGAGCUCUCGAGUGCGUAGAAGGGGACCGCUUGGAGGGCUUCCCCUCGGAGGAGUCCCUGUUGGCCAGGGGCCAGUCCCUGAUGCGGGAGGACAAGCUGUGGGCUGCCCUGGUCUUCCCUGGUUUGGAGGGAGCCCAGAAACUACCCCCCUUCGUGCGCUACAAGAUCCGCAUGGACGCCCGCAAGGUGGACUCCACCAAAAGAACCAAGGACAGGAUCCAGAGCCCGGGCCCCCGCCGACGGCCGGCGAUGGACCUCAAGUACCUGACCUUCGGCUUCGCCUACUUGCAAGACCUGGUGGAGCAUGCCCUGGUGGCCCUGCACACUGGUCGCGAGGCCCCCGGGGUGUACCUGCAGCAGUUCCCGUACCCCUGCUACAUCUUCGACCAGUUCAUUGCCACCAUUUCGGAGUCCUUCCCCAUGUUCAUGGUGCUGUCCUGGGUGUACUGGUUCGCCAUGCUGGUCAAGGGCCUGGUGCGGGAAAAGGAGCUGCGCCUCAAGGAGGCCAUGCGGGCCACAGGGCUGGCCACGGGGCCCCUCUGGGCUGCCUGGCUGCUGGACGCCCUUGCCCUCAUGCUCACUUCCUCCCUCCUGCUCGCCUGCAUUCUCAAGUUUGGCCAGGUGCUGGACCACUCGAACUUUGGGGUGGUGUUCUCCUUCCUGGCCUGCUACGGGGUGGCAGCGGCGUGCCAGGCAUUCCUGGUGGCGGGCCUGUUCUCGAGGGCCAACGUGGCCGCCGCCGCGGGUGGCAUCCUCUUCUUCACCUGCUACCUGCCCUACCCUCUGAUCCGGCCCUGGAAGCAAGCCCUGGGCUUCAACCAAAGGCUCGCUCUGUGCCUGGUGCCCAACGUGGCCUUUGGCCUGGGCUGCAGCCAGCUUGCCCACCUGGAGGAGGAGGGCGUUGGAGUGCAUUGGGGCAACCUGUCCCAGGGCAGCCUGCCCCCCAGCACCUUCAGCCUGGCCCACGUGAUGGGCAUGCUGCUGUGGGAUGCCCUGCUCUGUUUCCUGCUCGCUUGGUACCUCGAGGGGGUAUGCCCAGGCCAGUACGGAGUGCCCAGGCCCUGGUACUUCCCGCUCAGCAGAUCUUACUGGUGCGGUGCGUCUCCGCGCCGCGGGAGCUACUCCUCCGCACGGGGCACCGGGUCCACGCAGCACGGGGCCCUCUCGGGGGGCCGCCCCGAGGACUUUGAGGAGGAGCCCCGGGACCUCCCUCUGGGCGUGUCCCUGCACGAGCUCACCAAGCGCUACCCGGGGGCCCGGAAGCCUGCCGUGGACGGGCUCAGCCUCAACUUCUACCAGGGCCAAAUCACCUCCUUUCUGGGACACAACGGGGCGGGGAAGACCACCACCAUGUCGAUCCUGACAGGGCUGUACCCCCCGACGAGCGGCACGGCUUUCAUCUGCGGCCGGGACGUGCGCAGCGAGAUGGACGCAAUCCGUCGGAGCCUGGGCACCUGCCCACAGCACAACGUCCUCUUCGACGACCUGACGGUGGCCGAGCACCUGUGGUUCUUUGGCCGGCUCAAGGGCCUCGGGAAGAAGGAAGCGGCCCGGGAGGCAGAUGCUUUCCUGCGGGACCUGUCCCUCGAGCACAGGAGGCACCAGUUCCCGGGACAGCUCUCCGGGGGCCUGCGCCGCAAGCUAUCGGUGUCCCUGGCUUUUGUCGGGGGCAGCCGCACGGUGCUGUUGGACGAGCCCACUGCCGGUGUGGACCCCCACGCCCGCCGCUCCAUCUGGGACCUCCUGCUCAGGCUCAGAGAUGGGCGCACGGUGAUCAUGAGCACGCACCACAUGGACGAGGCGGACCUCUUGGGGGACCGCAUCGCGGUGAUCGCCGAGGGGCGGCUGCGCUGCUGCGGCUCCUCCAUGUUCCUCAAGACGCGCUUCGGCAGCGGCUACUACCUCACCCUGGUCAGGGGCAAGGGUCUGGUCCCCCACGUGGACGGCAUGCUGGGUGGCCCUUUCGACACUGCAACUGCCCUGAGCAGCCUGAUGCGACAGCACCUGGGGCCGGGGGUGGAGCCUGCCACGCACCAAGGGGCGGACCUGUGCUACCGGCUGCCCCCCGGCGCCCCCCUGGCUGCACUCUGCGAGCAGCUGGACGCACAGCUGCCCCGGCUGGGGCUCACUGGCUACGGCAUCUCGGACACCAGCCUCGAGGAGGUGUUCCUCAGGGUCACCCAAGGCACCGGCGCUGGGGACAACCCGAAAGUUGAUGGGGCGGCCCCGGGUGACCGUGGGGAGUCCCUGGAGCCGCCUCGGAGCAAGCUGAAGGAGGCCCUGGGCAGCCUGAUCGCCUGGUGCGCCUCCCUGGGGAAGCCGAGAAAGGGCACUGACCAAGAGGAAGCAGCCUGCAGGCAGCACCUGGACCCCAGUCGUGACGCGGAGUCCCCCCGGGCACCCGUGGCAUCGAGGGUGGCGACGGGCAUGCACCGGCGCCAACUGGCGGCCAUGUACCGGCGACGCCUGACGCGCAGCUCCCGCAACUACAGGGGACUCUUCUGCGAGAUAGUACUUCCGGCGCUUUUUGUGCUGCUUGCCCUGGUGUGCACGCUGGUCGUCCCGCCCCUUUCGGAGGAGCCCCCCCUGGAGCUGAGCCCCCAAGUGUACGGGCCCCCAAACUACGUCUUCUUCAGCAACGAGGAUCCCUCGAGCACUCUGGCCCGCAAGUACACGGAGAGUCUGCUGUCCCCGCCCGGCCUGGGACACCGCUGCGUGCAAGAAGAGUCCUCGCCCAGGAGGUGCGAAGUCCCGGCAGGCGCCCCGGUGUUGCCCGAGGGGGCCGACGAGGCGGGAGAGCCGGGCCUGUGCGGCUGUUCCAGCGGCUCUCAGCAGUGCAGCGCCGGCGUGGGCGGUCCCCCUCCGCCGGCCCUCCGCAGCGUCACCGGGGACGUCCUGCUCAACGUGACGGGGCGCAACGUCUCCGACUGGCUCCUCCGUACGUGGAGGCCCUACCACAUGACCAGGUUUGGCGGGGUCCAGUUUGGGGUGGGUGGCAGCGUGGCUCCGUUGAACUUGAGUGCCCUGGAGGAGGCCCUGUCCCAACUCAGCCUGCCCCGAGGCUGGAAUGUGAGCGGCGCCCUGCGGGCCCUGAGGCAGGCAGACGACGACCAGCGCCACAACGUCAAGGUGUGGUUCAACAACGAAGGCUGGGUCUCGUCGGCGGCCUACAUGAACGCGGUGAACAACGUGCUGCUGAGGGCCCAGCUACCCCCCGGUGCCGACGCCGGGGCAUAUGGUGUUGCGGUUGUCAACCACCCCAUGAAUUUCACUCGGGCACAGCUGCAGGAUGAGCUGCUGAAGCGCGGUGGCCUCAGCCUGCUGCACGCCACCUGCGUGAUCUUUGCCAUGUCCUUCGUGCCGGCCAGCUUCGUCAUGUUCCUGAUCGAGGACCGUGUCUCGGGCUCUCAGCACCUGCAGUUUGUGAGCGGCAUGAAGCCGCUCCUCUACUGGGUCGGCACCUACACCUGGGACCUGUGCAACUAUGCGGUGUCUGCCCUGCUGUGCAUCUUGAUCUUCUUGGCCUUCAAGGAAGAUGCCUAUGUGUCCUCGGAAAACAUUGGGGGCCUGGUGCUCCUGCUCCUGCUCUACGGGUGGUCGAGCAUCCCGCUGAUGUACCCGGCCUCGUUUGCAUUCGAGGUGCCCAGCUCGGCUUUCGUGGCCCUGGCGUGCCUCAAUGUGUUUGUGGGCCUCGUGAGCACAGUGUCCACCUACGUGCUGGAGCUGUUCGACGACGAGGAGUUGCGAGCAGUGUCCCGGGUGCUGCGCAAGGCCUUCCUGGUGCUGCCCCAGUACUGCCUGGGUCGGGGCCUCAUGGACAUGUUUGCCAACCACCUGGCACAGCAGGCCCUGGCACGCUUCGGCCUGCAGGCCUUGAGGCACCCCCUGGAGUGGGACUUCCUGGGCCAGAACCUAGUGGGCCUGGCCUGCCAGGGCCUGGUCUUCUUCCCGUUCACCCUGUUGCUCCAACAUGGCUUCUUCCUGGCCAGGAAACAGCCGACGGUGGCCCCGAACAACAGGGAGCUCUCAGACGAGGACGAGGACGUGGUGCGGGAGCGAGCCCGCGUCCUCUCGGGACAAGCGGACGACUCCGUCCUGAAAGUGGAGGGCCUCACCAAGGUGUAUCGCAGAGAUCGGCGUCCCGCCGUGGACCGCCUCUGCAUCGGGGUGGGUCCCGGCGAGUGCUUCGGCCUGCUGGGAGUCAAUGGGGCAGGCAAGACGUCCACCUUCCGCAUGCUCACGGGGGACACGCCCAUCACCGGGGGCGACGCCCACGUCUCAGGAUUCAGCGUCCGUACGCAGCUGGACCAGGCGCGCCAGAACGUGGGCUACUGCCCGCAGUCGGACGCCCUGGACCCCCUGCUGACAGGCUGGGAGCACCUGCAGUUCUACGCCCGUCUCAGGGGCUUUCCCGAGAAGCAGGUGUCCCAGCUGGCAGACUGGGGCCUGCGGCAGCUGGGGCUGCAGCGCUGGGCCCACCAGUGCGCAGGCACCUACUCGGGCGGGAAUAAGCGCAAGCUGAGCACGGCCAUCGCCCUGCUUGGGGAGCCCCCCCUCGUCUUCCUGGACGAGCCCACCACGGGGAUGGACCCAAAGUCCCGGCGCCUCUUCUGGGACUCCGUCCGGGACGUGGUGCGGGACGGCCGCUCGGUGGUCCUCACCUCCCACAGCAUGGAGGAGUGCGAGGCCCUUUGCAGCCGCCUGGCCAUCAUGGUCAACGGACGCUUCCGCUGCCUAGGGAGCAUCCAGCACCUCAAGAACAAGUACGGCCAGGGCUACACGGCGACCCUAAGGGUGCAACCAGGGGCCCAGGCCCGGCUGGGGACCCUGCUGGGGCGCCUCUUCUGCCCCGGGGAGCUGGUGCUGGGGGAGCGCCACCUGGGCCAGCUGGAGUACCAAGUGAGCCCCCGGGUGGCCCCCGCCAGCCUCUUCCGGCGCCUGGAGGAGCUCCGGGAGGAGUGCCCGCUCGACGACUACUCGGUCACUCAGACCACCCUGGACCAGGUGUUUGUCCACUUUGCCAAGCAGCAGGGCGACGGGGAGACGGCAGGGACGGCCCAGGACCCGUCCCCGAUCCCUCCCCACAGGAGGCUCUCGAGACGCCAACUGGAGCUCAUCGAACUGCCGGUUCGGGAGACUGCCAUUGCCUGAAGUGCGAGCUCUUUCCUGCCGAGGGCCGUGCGUGUCCAGGCACGUGCCCAGCCUUGGCUACGAGAGCCGUCACACCACCCGGUGUGGUGAUGUGCCGGACGACACCCUUUCGGCUCGCAUCGCAAGUUCCCAAAGAGUAUCGCUGGAAUUACGCUGGCACAGUUUUGGUCACCUCCAUUCCCUACAGUUUUCUAAACGCCGUGUGCUGGUACAUCCAAACCCAAAUGGCAUCGGGUACCUACAAACUGCCAGCAGCAGUGUUGUGCAAAGAACGACGGAAGGUGUGUGCCCCUCAAUGGAUAAAGAAUACUCUAAUGGCAGUUCAGAAUAGUCCCCCAACAGAAAUAUGCAACAUCUGGCGGCCAAAAACCAAUUAUCCGAGGCCACCAUAUUUUAAUUGUAAGCUCAGGACGUAUUGGACACGAGUGCUGUGUAUGAGCGUUCGACUUGUAUUUCCACUUGUUACUUGGGCAGGUGUGUGACUUUGGGCCCUGCUCCAAUCGCACCAUACACGCUGAAAGCAAAGACCAAAGCAUGGCGACCGCUAAUGUUGCUCGAUAGUGUUUUGAAAAUGGGUCAUUCUAAACAGAUGUCCAUUUUGUGAAAAUUUUAAUGCUUUCUGCCCAUAUCCCAUGGUUACCAUGUUGAUGCGGAAUGCCGUCGCAAAGUGCAGUUUUGUUUGGAAGGUGUCUUUUAAGAAAUCUUAAUUGAACUAUCUCAUAACCUAUUGAUUUCUACAGGUGUUUAGGGUUAGGCGGGCUAUCACUUUUUCUAAAGCAUCUCCAAAAUGUCCGUCAAACCUGGCAGAUACGCUCUAACCCUUUGGAGUGUCUCUUGUGCCUUUGUCUGUGAUAGAUUUGUGAUGGCAGAGUUGCCUGAGGUGCCUGGAAUGGGCAGGCUGUCGCAACAUGCCCCACAAUGAGUAUGCGGGUGCUCACUUACUCGUGGGGAGGCUUUGGAGCCUUUUUUGUUGACUUGUUAUCCCACAGCUUGUUUGUUACACUCGGAUGUUGCAUUUUGUUUUGACUUUUAAUUGUUUAUUGACGCAUAUUGUCAAUCGCAUUGAAGCUCGCAGAGCAGAGAUCUGGUCAUUUCAAAAAUAGUUUGAGGUAGAGGUUGUACUUUUGUUUGUCUGGCAUACGUUCGGAUUCAAGACUUUCGAAUGGGAACUUUUGUUCCUCACAAACUUUACACCGGUCUUAACGUUGCCCUGAGAGCUUUAUCUACAGUGCCUGAGCCUCUUCUGCGAGCCUAAGCCGCAUGCGGAAGCUUGCACGUGACUUAGCGACACUUAAAGACGAACAAAUCAGCAUUUAGUCUUAAAACAGACGUUGUCACUGGUUUUACAAUCGACACAUUGUUGGGCUAUCAUUGCAGUUUCUCGAUUCGCUAGAAACAUGUAUUUGCUCGCUUUUGUGACGCAAAUGCGUGUCGUCCACUAAGUAAUGGCCACUUGUAUCAACUUCAAAGCAAGGCGAGCAAUCGCACAUUUGGUCCUAGCUUUGUGAUAUAGUACACUGUUCCUAAUUUCUACCUUUAUUUCCCUCAAAUGUGAUUGUUUUACCACGAGCAUAUUCAUUAAUUUUAUUUUACAUGUAUUUUGUUAGGUUCUAGCAUUGAAUAUUUCUAUGAAUAAAGUAUUUUUAUCAA